UAUCCGCGCUGCACACAUCGCAACACGGGAGAGCACAGGGUGCACCGCCCAAAGGGGUCCGCUACAUUCUUGGUGGCCGGAGUUUGUGGGAAGGAGGUGGUUUCACUCGGACGGAGCCCCUCCCUCGGUCCGGCGUCAUGGGCCUCCUGAACAGGAGCAGGACUCUGAGGUUCGGACUUCCCAUGUUGCUGCUUAUUACUGGUGGAUCCUUUGGCCUUCGUGAAUUUACACAAGUUCGCUAUGAUGUUCAAAAAGUGAAGAGGAAGAUUGAUCCGGCUCUUGAAGCUCAAUUAAACAAGAAUAAAAAUAAAAUUUCAAUGGAAUCAGAGUAUGAGAAAUUACAGCAACAGAACUUGGAUGACUGGGUAAAUAUCCGAGGACCACGUCCCUGGGAAGAUUCAAAAUCUUACCAAGAUCAGCAGCGGAAGACUCAAAACGCAAACAAUAUCAUUAAUGCGAAACACUGAUCUCGAUAUAUUUACAUCUGAUCACUGGACAUCUAGCUAAGCUGAAGAUGGCUCUUCCUGAAAAGUUGAAAAGUACGUUUGCAUUGAUUUGAUAGAGAUGGUACUUUAUUGCAAUAUAGUUUAAAAUGGCUGAUUGGAGACUUUUGAAAAGGAACUGCAGAGCAUAUUGUAAAUCUUUUUCGAUGUAUCUGAUUGACUUUUGCUUAUCAAAUAAAAAAAGCCCUUGAUUUCA